GAGUGGGGGAUGGGCGAGUGGGGGAUGGGCCAGUGCACGCCGGGAAAACUUUCUGCAGUCGCGCUGGUGGCUACAGUCGCGCGUGAUGCUGUGAGAUUACUUGUGGUCCCACUUCAACUUUUUUUACUGUUCGCCUUGAGUGGAGUUAUCCAUUGCCAUCUGCAUCUGUGGUGACAGGAUGAGGCAGAUGUAAACAUCAUUAUUACGAGGCGAUAAGGCAGCUCCCGUCAGGCCACAGACGGGUAGAGUGAUACAAGAUACAGGACACGAUGCACGUGUCACGUGCCAGCUGCUCGUCUGACGAGGGUGUAGGAUCCUGAAGACUAAAGUCGUUGUGGAUCGUCUGUGACGUGGAUGCUACCCUUCAGAAGGGAGACAAGCCUUCGGUCUCUGGCCGCGGAGUCGAGGACAAUGGCGACCUCGUUGCCGACGACACUGGGGAUCGUCAACAGGACGGUGACGGACUCAGUCGUCGAGAUGACACCGGAAGAACAGCACGUGGAAAAUCUCUUUUACAUCGCCAGCAGGAUCAACGACCUUUACCUCUGGGCAAUCUUCGCGCUGGGUUUCCCGGGCAACUGUGCAGCCAUAGUAACCAUCGUGCGCAUGCGCUCUAUCGGCACCUUCCCCAUUUUCGUGGCCUUGUUGGCUGUCAUGGACACGAUGGCACUGUCCGUCAAACUCUUGUUUUUCCAGCUCCUGCGACGCCAGGUGGAUGUCGGGUCAAGCGGGUGCAACCUUCUCAGCUUCCUGGGUAGCUUCACGGCCAGCUACAGCUCGUGGAUCCUGGUCUUCAUGGCGCUGGAGAGGUACGUGGCCGUGCGCUUCCCGCUCAAGAUCACCAACGGCAGUGGCGCGCGCAAGACCGCCAUCGUGUUGGCCAUCGUCGGUCUUGUCAUCGCCCUCAUCUUUAUUCCCACGCUGUGGGUCUACGACAUCCACGACAUCGAGGGGAUUCUUCAAUGUCGGGUGAAGCCUCGCUUACCUGUACUUCAUGACCAACAUCUUCUACUGGAUCUCGACCGCGGUGUACGGACUGCUGCCCAUCUUCCUCCUCAGCAUCUUCAACUGCCUCAUCGCCCAUCAGAUCCGUACUUCCUUCAAGGCCCGCAAAGUCAUGCGCAACCUGCAGAUGGAGCCACUCAACAGUUCCUAUGGUCACAUGAGGAUGACAAACACGCAAUGAUAAACAUAGUAAGAACAGAUGGCUGUGAUGUGUUUGACGAGCUACCUUUGCUAAUGUUGCAGGUGAACUUGAUGCUGCUGUCGGCGACCGUCGUCUUCGUCAUCCUGACUCUGCCCAUCAGCGUGUACUUUGUGGCGGAAGUGCACUGGAAUGUGGGGACACAUGGCAGCCAAGGUGGGGCCAUCAAAUUCCUGUUCCAGCAGGUCUCCUACGUGCUGUGCGACUCCACGCACGCCGUCAACUUCUACCUGUACUUCCUGACGGCCAAGCGCUUCCGUCACCACUUCCUCCGCCUCGUCACCUGCAAGGGCUGCAGCUGCCGACGUACCAACUGCCCUUUGACCCUUUCCUGCACCAGUGGCUGUUGUUGCUGCUGCUGCUGUUGUUCCAAGAAGGCCGAGUCUGAGGACUUGUAGCGUGUCACUGUGUAGGGAUGGUUUCUGAGUUCUGUGAAACCUUGACGAAAGGCUCACCUGUUCCAUGGUGGUAUGAGAAGACAUCCAGACAUGGGAGGAAAAUGAUAGGUCGAUAUUUCUCCAGACAACGGGGUCCAUGGAUGUAUAGGAUGCGAUUAGCUCAACUGGACUCUGAAGGUGUGAAUUUUUUGUGUUCGGCAUGCCGACUACCUUGCAGGCCCUUAAGUGUGUGACCGUUUCCACUGGCCUCGCUGGAAGCUAUGGCUUAAAUC